AUGGGUAAAACUCUUGGCUAAGGAGCGUUUGGAUUAGUUAAGUAAGCAACGAAUUCAGAAACAGGAGAAGAAGUUGCCAUCAAAAUUCUAGACAAAGAGAAGAUUAAGCAGGAAGACUUAGGGGAAAGCAUUAAAAAAGAGAUAUCUUUUGAAAAAUAUAUAGGCCUUCCUAAUUACGAUUAACUUAUUACAGAUUUAAAGCCAGAAAAUAUUCUUAUUAAUGAAGAAGGAGUUGUAAAGAUAAGUGAUUUCGGACUCUCUGUGUUUUGCAAAAAGCUGCAGCAGGGACCAAACUUGAUGCACACUACUUGUGGAACUCUAAAUUACAUUGCACCAGAAAUAGUUAAAAAUACAGGGUAUGAUGGCUAGAUGGCAGACAUUUGGGCAUGCGGAGUAAUUCUAUAUUUUAUGAUGACAGGUCGAAGGCCUUUUGACGACGAAUCAGUGCAUAAAUUACUUGAUAAGAUUAUUGUUGGCGAUUUUAAGUUCCCAAUCGAUGAUUAAAAGGUAUUAAGUGAAGAGUCGAAAGAUUUGGUGAAGUGUAUACUAAAUCCUAAUCCAAGAAAGAGAUAUACAAUUGAUAUGAUAAAGCUGCAUCCUUGGAUUCAAAUUGAUGAGGAUCUAUUAAGUUAAAAUUGGUCCGAGUCCGAAAUUCUUCCAAGCAUAAAUCAACUUGCGGAUGAGAUGUCAAGUAAUCAAGGAGGAGUGGCAUUUUCUUCAGCUCUAUCACCUGCAGAAAGAAAUAUUAAUCCUUCAAUAUCUAAUGGAUUAGUAAUGGGUUUGAAUAACUUACCUCAAUCAGACUUGCUAAUGAGUUUCCUUCAUGGAAGAGCUUUUGGCAAUAUGUUUGAGAUAAAGCCAAAGAAGAAAGUUCCCUUGCAACUUUCAAGUCCAUUUCAGAAGAAAAAAUAAAACUUUAAGAUAAUGCCAACUGGAUCUAUUUUAUAGAAUUACUUUUAUACUAGGGAGGAACCAACACAGAUAUUCGACACUAUCCUAGAGGAGAUGACUAAGUUUUAGGAUCCUAUUAUAAUCCCUGAGAGUCAGACUUUUAGACUUAUCGCCACUUACUAUAAAGUAAAACCUACUGUGGGUAGCCAGAGUAAUAGAGCUAAAUCACCAAUGAGAAGAUCAUUUGGGGGUAGUGGGAAAGGGAACUAAGAUGACCUAAACAAUAAGAUAGUAGAAAUAAGUUUUAAUAUUACUAAAAUCACCAAGUCAAUUAGUUUUGGAGCUUUCAAUCGAGAAGAUGGAAGUGUCGAUGCCUAUGAUGAAGUAUUAGGGGCUAUGCAUCAUAUAAUCAAAUAGUUUUCAUUGUGUUAAUGA